GCUGAGCUGAGAGGCUGUCGAAUCGAUGCGCAGCGAAAGCCAGCGAGGCCUCGCAUCGCAUCGCAUCGCAUGGGCGUCGUACAUCAUCUGCGCGAGCGCUCAGUGAUGAUGCGGACAUCUGUCGCCGGCGCGCGCUGAAUCUGAUCCCGUCGCGCGUUGAAUUUAAUGUUUGACCACUUUGCCCUUUUUCCUCGGAGGAGAAAGCGAUGGGAUCGGGUGCCGUGGAUUCCUCCCAGUGGCUGUCAGUGAAGGAAGAGACUAUUUUCCUCCACGACGGACUAAUUCGGGUCACGGACCUUGCGGAGCUGCCCAGCGAGAUCGGUGUGUCCGAACAAGGGGAGUCCGAGCAGGAGAUCUUGACAUUCGAGACCAAGAACCCAGCGGAGCUUGCCGAGCGCCUGCGAGCCGUCUGCGGAAACCAGAGCAACGCUUACACCAGACUUUUGGAGUACCGUCUCAAUGCUCUGCGCGGACUGUGGGGGGCGCAGCGACAGCUGGCCCUGGAGGAGCAGCAGGAGCAUGACGGGGUCCUCCCAGGGAGCGCCGGAGGGGCCGACGAGGAGACGCUGGCCCUGCUUAAGCGACAGGGCUUCCUGCAGCCUCAACAUCACCACCAUCCUCACCACCCUCCGAUGGCCGCCGGCACCGAUCAGGCGCCGUUUACCUCACGGGUCGGCCUCCUGUUGGUCUUUCCACUACUGCAGUCGCAAACUCGGCACGACCCUGCGCUCUGCGGCGUCACCGCUGAGGUCCUGCUCGCGUGUCUCUGCGACUGCCAGCCGCUCAGCCUGGGCAAGGAGCCUGCAGACUGCCUUAAUGGCCUGGAGAGGUUGCUUUGCUCCUGGUUGGAGGAGAGGAGUGAGCCGGAGGGAACGGCACAGGCGAGACCACUGCUCACCCAACAGCAGAGGCAGAACGCAGCAGCUGCUCUAGUGGCUCUAUCAUGUGCAAGGGGUUCCCUCAAAACGUUAAUUCACACGGUCCACCUGCUGCAGAAACAGGCAGACCUGGGUCAGCUUCCAGUGGCGGAUGUUCUCUACAGACUGCUGCUUCUUGAGGGAGGUCCAGGCUCACCGUCCUGCUUGUUAGGGGGGAAACACAGUGUUUCGUGGGGCUUUGAGGACAUGCUGCCCACGCCAGAGAGCAGCGCCGCUGGAGCAGAGAGCAAAGACUCAGACCUGGGCCGCAGCCUGGCUACAGAUGGUUUCUAUCUCUACACGACAAACUCUUUUGGGAAGGGCUUAAGCAAGCUCGGCUCGGGGCAGCAUGGGACGCUGAGGGGUUUUGUGUACUGUCGGAACGAGGAACUGGAGGCGGGGUGGUUGGCGCACAGCAGUGGCUUUUUGCUCCACCGUCCAGCCUCUUUUGACACCAAACCUCAUCAGCUGUGCCACGUCAUCGACCCCUUCACACUGCAGGUUUCCCAAGUAGUAGCGAUGCCGCUUCAUCACUUCCCAGUGGGCAGCAGCUUGACCAGCCUGCGUCUGUGUUCUGAUGGGACCUUCCUCUACUGGGUUUGGUCACCUGUCAGCAUCAACGAGAAAACCCAGAAAGGCCACUCUGUCUUCAUGGAUGUCUUCCAGCUAACGACUGAGUUGGGUCUAUGUGUGGCCAGUCCUAUUCAGGAUCGGGUAAUCCUCUCGCGAAAGGAAGGCGAGUCAUCGAAGUGUUUGAAUGAGCUGCUCCUGAGCCGUAUGUCCCGCUUUCGUGCCUCGCACUCGUCCACGCUGGCUGCUCUCACCGGCUCUGCCAUCACCAACCCCGUCAAAGAGGAGCAGUCGGUUGUCAACACAAGCUGUGGUCUGUCUAUAAAAGCACUGAGGAAGACGCCGAUGUACGUAUGUGGGACGUAUCUGGUGAUGCUGACGCCCACUCCAGGUGUAGCUGGGAGCUCGGCCACCCGCUCACUGUUCGGUGGCUCCAGUGGCCUUUCUUCCCUCAAGAUCUUGGCGUCUAGUUUGGUGUUUAACCUGGCUGACGGUCAGUUUAGCAGUCGUGCUGAUCUGGUAGAUGCUCCUGGAAGUUCUCUGGGUCGCGGGGCUCAGGUUGCAGGACUGGGGGCCUGUUAUGAUGCACUUAACAAUUUAAUCUGGACGUGCUCCAGCGACUACAUGGACCAGUGGUGUAAUCCUGGGAAUCAGGCCUUCCAUCAUGUGUGCCAGCGACUGGGCGUCAGUCACGUCAUCAGUCAGCCUAAAGAAGAGAUGAUAGGCACAUCCAAAGUGAUAAACCAGCUGCUCCAUCAUGUUGGCGCCAUGUGCAUCCAUCAGCUCAACCUGCUGGAAGCCAGCAGUAAUCUGCACCUGGGACCCUUCAUAGGAAAGCAGCCCAUGGAGGCCUGUCACUUCAGCUUCAUAUGUGACGUCAUGGAGAAGGCCAUGGUUAACGGAGACACCUGCAUCAUCCGCUGCAUUCUGGUCGUCUUUCAGGUUGUGUUCCAGUUUUUUAAUCUAAAUGCAGAGCAGAACCGAGACUGUGUGAAGCGUUCUGGACUGUUGCUGUGGCAGUUACUCAUGGCUCCUCACGAUCAGAUAGAGCCGGAAAUACAAAGAGAAGUGUGUCUCGCCAUCAGCUCCGGUUUAAACACCUUGUACCAGAGCGAAUCGGAGUUGAACAACCUGCUCAAAUUUGUUUUCACAGAGGGGGAGAAGAACAGUGGUUUGUCUCAAUUGCGUGAUGUUAUAUUAAACAACCUUGCCAACCAGUUACAGAAGAACCGCUUUGGUAGUGAGGAUGAUGACCACUACAGGCUGAAAGAUGAACUGUUGCAGUGUAUCUUGAAGACUGUAGUGCGUGAGUCGUGUCUGCUCAUCACCAAAUGUCAAACCGUUUCCAAGGAAGACCUUCAGAAGCUUCUCUCCACUGUACCUGCAGCAUCGCCAAGCUUGCGUUAUUUAAUGGCUGUGCAGAACCAUUUGCUCAGCAACACCAUCCUGCUCCACCCGGAUGACAUUGAUGAUAGUGACAGCUCCCUACAAGGGGAAACAAUGAAGGUACAGGAGCUGCAGACCAGCAUCCUAUCACUAGCCUCUAAGAUCCUGGUUGGAUGUGAUGAGGUUCUGGAGACGCUUCAGCAAGUCACCAGCUCCCUCAUCAACAGCAGCAUCAGCGAUCGAGAGGCCAGACUGAGAGGACUUGAACAGGUGACGAAGGCCACGAUGUUGGGUCACUUGUUGCCAGUCCUGUUGACGUCACUGAUGCACCCAAACCUACAAACCCUCACACUCGCUGACGCUCUCAUGCCACAGCUGGUCCAGCUGGUCCUCUAUACUAGUCAGACUGCUUUGCUGUUAAAGACACAUUCACCAUUAUUUGUUGAGAAUUUGCCGCUAAAUCAAAGCCCCAAUCCACCCUCGUUAAAUGACAGUUUCCAGAUUCUGGAAGAGAGAGAGGAGCCGGGCUUUCUGACCGGCCUGAAGAUCCCUGCCCCAUGGGCUGCUGGGAAAACCGUGGAAACUGUUCAUCCGGUGCGAGAUAACUUCAAGUUUAAAGAAACAGUGCACAUCCCUGGAGCUCGGUGUCUCUACCUCCGCUUCGACCCUCGCUGCUCCUCACAAUACGACUAUGACAAGCUGGUGAUUUACGCUGGGCCAAACACAAAUAGUCGUAAGGUGAGUGAGUAUGGAGGAAACACCAUGGGUUACGGUAGCCGCAGCGUCUUAGGAACCGGAUGGCCCAAAGAUCUGGUCAAGGUGGAAGGAGAUACUGUGACGUUCUCUUUUGAGAUGAGAAGCGGACGCGAGCACAACACCCCAGAUAAAGCCAUGUGGGGUUUCUCAUGCACUGUCCGAGCGCAGGAGUCGUCUGAGGAUGUGUCCGGCGGGCUGCCCUUCCUGGCUGAUCUAGCGCUGGGUUUAUCUGUGCUGGCCUGCGCCAUGUUACGCAUCCUCUAUAACGGCCCUGAUAUCACACGAGAGGAGGAGGCCUGCCACGACCUGCUCUGCUCCAAACUACUGCAGAGGUGUCAGUGGCAGGUGGAGGCUAAUGGUGCGAUCUCUCCUGCCCUCACGCCGUCUCCGUCUCCUCUGCCUCUCACCAUUGAUGAGGAGCGAGAGUUCACCUAUCCUUCAGACGUCCUCAUGCCGGGGGCUUGCUGUGAGCUCCCCCGCAUCCACUUACCCCCGGGCAUUAUGGGCCGCCUGAGGGAGCUGUCUGGGAGAGGCCGGCCUCAGUUUCGCCCCAGCAUCAAAGAGGUGAUGCGUCCUGAUGUGAUGGAGGAAGUGAUCGUGUCGUGUGUCGUAAAGCACCUGGGUCUGGUGGAUGCGCUGCAGUCGCUGGUGAACUUCUCAGAUGCAUGCUGUGUGAUGCUGUUAUUAUCUCAUAUGCAUGCUGUGUGAUGCUGUUAUUGUAUGCUGCGUCUGUGUUUGUUUCAGAGUGUAGCUGAACUGGAGCAGAAAUGGCAGAAUGAAGCAGAAGAAGCUCAGCAGGGCAAACUGGAGAACAACUCUCCCUUCUUCCACGACUAUCACUUCUUUGAGAACAAAAUGAAGGAGCUGGAGCUUCUGUGUUCACUGAAGGAGGUUCCUCUGGAUUGCACGGAUCCAGUAAACGCUGUGAUGGCUCUGAGAGAGAAGUUUUUCCAUGAGGUGAACUCCAUGCAGCAGCAGAGAAGCUCCGUCUCGCUGGUGAAAACUAAAGCGCUGGUGAAGAGCCUAAUCAACCGCUCGGAGCUGCUGCUGCAUGUUACCAUCGCACCGCAGUGCAAGAGUCUGUCCUCAACACCAACAUGCACACCAGCCUGUAAGUCGGUGUCAGACACCAAAUCGAUGGUUCCUGUGGUGAAGCAGCCCGUGUUCCUGCGCAGUAUGUCCGCUCCCUCAGAUCUGGAAAUGAUUGCCAACAGUGAUGUGGAGUUCACACAUGGAGCACAAAGGAGGCACCUGCAUCCAUCCAGUCACCGGAGCAGCUCUUUUACUCUGCUGCAGUCGUUGGUCAUCGAAGACAGCAAGGACAAGCCCACGUACAGCGUGCUGCUGGGACAGCUGUUCGCCUUCAUAGGAACCACUCCUGAUCAGACCGUGUCCAGCAGCAGCUUCCUGUCCGCGGCUCAGACGCGCUGGAGGAGAGGCCGCACCCGGAGACAGGCUCUGGUUCACAUGAGGGAGCUGCUCACCGCCGCUGUUCGCGUCGGAGGAGUCACACAUCUGGUCGGCCCCGUCACCAUGGUGCUGCAGGGCGGACCGCGAUCGUUGCAUCUCUGCUUUGGAGCUUCAGUUGCCCCAAUCGCCUGCGCCAACAGCAUCGGCCUGCUGUGCACCAUCCCCUACACCAGGAGUGAGGAGCAAUGUCUGGUGCGCAGCGGUCUGGUUCAGCUGAUGGACAGACUGUGCAGUCUCAGCAGUCAGAGAGACAGCAGCUCCAGUGAGAAACAAACCAAAAAACAGAAAGUAGCUACGAUGGCCUGGGCUGCUUUCCAGGUGCUCGCCAACCGCUGCAUCGAGUGGGAGAAAGUCGAAGGAGGCUCCACAGACGCAGUGCAUUCUGGACUGGCUCGACAGGUGUCUAGCCUGCUAACCAAUCACCUGGCUCGCGCGACAGACUGCUGCGGGAACCAAGCGGCGGGAAACGACGCCCUGCAGGAUGUGCUCAGUUUGCUCAACGAUCUUUCCAGGAGCCACAUUGGCAAAACCAUCCUGAGCCAGCCUGCCUGCGUGUCUAAACUGAAAACAAGAUUAUUUUACUUCGUUUUGUAUCUAGACAUUUUAACGAGUUGUCAGACGUUGCUCUCCCCCAGCGCCUCUGAGGCCGACACCAGUCUGACACGGGCCUGUCCCAAGAGCAGCGCUAAGACCGACAGAGACGCUAGCGAGGAGGGUGAAGCCGUGGAUGGCAAGCUGUCCAUUUUCAUCCAUAAAAGAGAAGACCAGUCGUCCCAUGAGGUGCUUCAGCCGUUACUCAGCAGCUCAGAGGGUCGUCCUUUCCGCCUCGGCACCGGAGCGAACAUGGAGAAGGUGGUGAAGAUGGAUCGGGACAUGACGAAGAGCGGCUGCUGUGAGGUGAUCACGGAGGAGGCUUCGUCUGCUCUGCGGAAAGCCAAUAAGUGGGCUCAGUCUGGGCUUAUUGUUAGUGUGGGUCCUCCGAUAGAGAGCACAGGCCAGGAGAAUGCUGGGAUAUCCACCACAGGUGACAAGAAGAAAACCGCCCAGUCCACAGUGUGCAGAGAGAGGAACGCUGAGCUGGCUCGCUCGGAUCCGGUGCGUCCCUUCAUCAGCGGUCACGUGGCGAACAGCAUGGCUGCGGAGGUCAUCGCUCUGCUGCACAGUCUCCUGACCGCGCCUGAGUCCAACACGGCUCAAAUAUGGACCAGCACCGCAGAAAAGGUGUUGUCCAGGGCCUUGAUGUUCAUCCCUCAGUUGGGAAAACACGCUGAGAGUAUUCUGGAGAGCGGCAACAGCAGCGGCAGGAGGCUAGCCAAGCUGCAGGCCAUUGGCCGACAGGCCGUGGCGGCUCUCUGCGCACUGGGAGGAUUCAAGGAGACCAUCAAGAUCGGCUCUGAAGUCCAGGUGGUGGGUAAAGGUGUGUUGGACAGUGUUGGGGUGGUCAUGUCCAUUAAUGAGCAGGAGGGGAUCGCCACGGUCAGGUUUCCUUCCUGCGAGUACCGGCGCACCUGCAAAGCAUCGGAUGUCCUCACCAUGCCCAUAUCCCGCCUCUGCACCCCUCGCUCUGAGGCUCUGCCGCUGCUCAAGCUGUCCAUCACAGAGAAGGUUGUUCAGGCCGUUCAGUCCAUGCUGCUGCCGCAGGAGGGCAGUCUGUCCAUCCACACGUCUCUGCCUGCGUCUGGAGACGGAUCCAGUCCUGUGAUGGCUGCGGUGCGUCUUCUGGCCGAGAUCAGAACCAGGGCGUGUUUGGUGAUGGCGCAGCUGCUGGAGGACAGCUCGUUCUGUGAGGAGUUUAUUCAGCAGUGUCCCGCAGCGGUGGAGGUGCUCAACCUGAUCGCUCAGGAGUGCAGUCCUGGAGAGCGUUUAGUGAUGGUUGAGGCUCAGUGUGAGCGGGUUCGGAUGCUGUAUCGAGACUGCGCUCGUCCUCCACCUCCUCCAGUGCAAACCGAUCAACGACAGCCUAAGGAAAUCACGUGGUGCCCGUCGCGCGUCUUCCCUCCGGUGCGCGCCUGCAUGUUCUCCUCACACUUGACCUCCGUGACCUUUCUGGCCGAUCCGAGCGCAGGCUGAGGUCUUCCCAGAGGAACGUUCAUCUACGCCACUUCACCUGUGCCUGUCCAGGCUCCUUCCUUUUACUGGGAGAUCGAAGUUGUUUCUUUCGGAGACUCGGAGGAUGACAGCGGCCCUGUGGUGUCGUUCGGUUUCUCCCCGGAGGCCGAGAAGAGAGACGGCGCUUGGACCAGUCCUGUGGGCACCUGUCUAUUCCACAAUAAUGGGAGGGCGGUACACUAUAAUGGCUCCAGUUUGCUGCAGUGGAAGAGUGUGAGACUAGACGUGGCUCUACUUCCUGGUGAUGUUGCAGGCAUCGGUUGGGAGCGUUUGGAAGGCACUCCUCCUCCCCCCGGCCAGCCUCCCAAAGGAAGAGUGUACUUCACCUACUGCGGCCAGCGUCUCGCUCCUUAUCUGGAGGACGUGGCCGGAGGCAUGUGGCCUGUAGUCCACAUUCAGAAGAAGAAUACGAAGAUUCACGCAAACUUCGGCUGCCGGUUGUUUGCGUACGCAGAGGGACAGGCUCACCGAAACGCCGCCGAUCUCUGCAUGGACCUCUCAGAGGAGAUCAGCGCCAACUUCGAGGCUCUGCCCUUCGCCAUGGCCUCCGACAGUGACAACGACGCCGGCACGAGCGUGGCGUCUGACUCAGGGUCUCACGGUCCCCCGUGUCGCAUCGCUGCGGUCGUCACAGCACAGCAGCAGUACAGCAGUGAUGCCUCUUGUCACUAUAAGGUUGAACUGAGUUAUGAGAAUCUGGUCGUCUCCGGGCCAAACGCUCAUCCGCCACCGAUUGCUGAUGAUGAGAGCGAUGAUGAAGAUGAUGAAGAUAUUCCUAGGGCCAGUGAGCUGGUGCAGGUGGAGACGUAUCUCCGCAGUGAGGGAGUGUUAGUUCGGUACUGGUACCCCAUUGAGACGCUGGAGAGGCCGCCGGCAGGAUCCCGCAGGGCUGCAGCGAACGGCCUGGUGUCUCUAGACAGCAGCAACAUCCAGAUUCACCGGGAGCUGCUGCGCUGUGAAAGUGCUCUGGCGCGUCUCUACUGCCGCAUGGCAUUGCUCAACAUCUUUGCUCCCAAGAGCCCUCACACAUUCACACGUCUCUUCCACAUCCCCGCCGUGCGCGACAUCACACUUGAGCACCUGCAGCUCUUGUCCAAUCAGCUGCUGGCUCCGCCUCUGCCAGAUGGCAGAAUCAGCUCAAACUCUAUUCUGCUGGCUCAGUCUGUCCUCCACGAGCUGCAGGGCGAGAGCUGCUCCCCGACCGAGCUCUUCUAUCAGGGAAACGCUCAGAGCAUCCGCGAGUGGCUGACGGUGGCCAUCAGCAGAGCCCUGCAUCAGGGAGAGGACAGCCUCCUCGAGCUCACUAAACAGAUCUGCUGCUUCCUGCAGAGCGCUCCAGAGCAGUUCACACUGGAAGAGUUUCCCAUCACAGAGUCCAAGGUCAGCAUGGACGUGAACUUCCCUGGUGCCGCCUUUGUGGUCGUCUCUUGCAAAGAGAGCCAACUCAGCUGCCGUAAAGACUCCUCUCUAUACAAGGCCCCUUGGACUCGCUUAAUGGUGUAUGGACUUGGUCAUAAGGUUCGACGAAACGGCCAGUUGAAUCUGAUGGAGGCAGUGUGCUACCCACUGGAUGCCUCCCCGUCCAAUACAGGACUCACCCCUCCACCCACAGCCAACCAGUAUCCCAGCAUCAUCAUCCCCACUGACAAAGUGCAUGUCAAACUAGGUGUAUCUCCCCCUCCUGGUGCAGUGCUGGUAUUGCACUCGUUGCCUCUUGAGUUUCCCUUGGCCAUGGCCUUUGCUGAACAGCUGCUAACCUACACCAUAGGGGAAACCAUUGACCGCUCUGAGGAUGAGCUGGACACUGUGCCCACUUCUGUGCUAAUGCAGGUUGUAGAGUUGCUGGGUGGGCUUCUGUGGACCACCGAUCUUGCUCCGUGCAUCAAGGAGCUGAUCUUCCACUUGCUUGCGGAGCUUCUCCGCAAGAUCCACGCCUUCGAGCGUCGCAAAACCCCCUCGGGGCUGUCUAGCCACAUUACAUUGCUUCUCAACCCUUGCCUAACAGUCCUUAUGGUUCUUCAAUCCGAGCUACGAAAACUUUACGACCACGAGACCCAAAACUGGGGGCCAGUUAGCGGAGGUUCCUGCACUUCCGCAGCGGGUAGCAGCGGAGCGCUUGCGCUCGUUACCGAGCGGAGCCGUUUCUCAACCUACUUCCAUGCCCUGAUGGAGGUGUGUCUGGCAGUCGCCGAAGUAACUCUGCCACUCAGUACGGGUGCGGGGACAUCGGUAGUAGGCGUCCCCUCGUCUACAAGUGCCACCAACUGUAGCGAUUCCUCAUCCUCUUCAUCAUCCUCUCCGGGCCAAACGCCCCAAAGUCCAAGCUUGCUUUCGAAGCGCAAAAAGGUGAAGCUAAAGCACGAACGGGCAGCGGUCACAGUUGCAUCGGCAGCUGUCGUCUCAGGGAAACAUGGUUCUGGAAGUGGAGCGAGACCAUCAGAAUGUGACAGUGCUUUACUAAACAUGGCCGGAGGGAAGCCAGAGGACAUGUUGUGGUUUCACCGUGGGUUGACGUUACUCUUGAUUUUGCGGCACCUUGCUAACAAGGACCCGCAAGGUCUGGGCGUCACUGAAGAUGCGGUUGCAGAUGCUUGCCAAGCCUUGGUUGGCUCCACCGCUCACAGUCGUUUGCUUGUGCUCUCAGGAAUCCCCACUCACUUGGAGGAAUCCGUGGUGCGCAAUGCAAUCCGAAGGGCUUGCAACGCACACGGCGGUCUCUUCAAGGAUGAGAUCUUUAUUCCUGUUCAAGAGGAGGACCCUAAAAAAGCCAAAGCUGAAACUUCAGGUAUUCUCCAAGAUGCAAAGCGAGAUUGCACUGCAGGAAGCCCAAAUAGCAACAGCUCAACGCCAGCAAUGAGUGCCUCGGCUUCAGCGAGCCAGACAUCGGUCUCCGGCUCUUUACAGGGAGCUUCCAGGGCUUCCGGUGAGCUGCUAGUGAACCAAGAGUUGGUAACCCCUCAAACAGCACCUUCCCAGCCACAUGCACCGCUGGAUCCCCACACGGUCUCCAGUCAGGAGAGUCUGGAUGUGUCUCUUUGUAGCACAGGAAGUCAAGGUAGUCUCGGCAGCAUUGGGGAGCAGUUGGAUAGUGGUGCGACGUCAGUCUCAGAUGGGAGCUCCAUGUACACAGUUGCUUCACCAGACAUCCAUGCCAGUGUGACACGACCAGUCAAAGGCUAUGCUGUCAUAGAGGUGAGGGCACGGGCCCAAGUAGAGAAGAUUCGGGCCAGUCUUUUUAACAGCAGUGAUCUCAUUGGCCUUUCUAAUCUGGAAAGAGAGGAGGAGCUAAUGGAGAUGACCAAUGAGGAGAUCCUCACCGCCUCCAGUGUAAAUCAGAGUUUGUUUGACACACAAGGGAGUUCAGCCUUGGAGGAGUACUUCCUUGACAAAUCGAUCAGAGGAGAUAAAUUGGUUCCUGAAGCACGUGAUGUGCUGACAGACAUCUUUAAGAGCUGCAUUUACGCAGAGCAGGUGCUGAGCUCCGUACCAACAAAACCAGUGAAAGUAUCGGACAUUUAUCUGAGCAAAGAGCAGAUCAACUCUCAGACACCAGGAAACCUGCUCCACGUGUUUUUUACACACAUACGGCCUCCCAAGAAGGUGCUUGAUGACCAGCUCACGCAGAUUCUCCGUAAAUAUGGCACAGUAAAGCCCAACAAAAACAAGCACAGCAAGGCAGGCAAAGAGCAGCACCAAGGCAAAGUGGUCAGCACAAAAAGACCCAUCACCAAACCCCCGGCCAAAGAGAAGUCCAUGCUGAACAGUGUUAGAACUGUACUAAGUGAGAAAAAAACAGUCCUUAAGCCAAAAUCUCCAGAGAAGACCAAACCUGAUGAAAAAGACCCUGAAAAGUCUCCUGCCAAAAAGCUUGAAGUGCCAGAAGAGAAGUUUCUGACCCUGGAAGGUUUCCACAAGUUUACUCUAGACAGAGCCAAGCAGGAUAUUCGCAGUGUUUGGCGGGCGAUCCUGGCGUGCGGUUACGACCUACACUUUGAAAGAUGCACGUGCAUCGACUCCCGACACGCUCAGAAAGCCAGUAGAAAAUGGACCUUUGAGAUGGACUUUGCACUGGUCCAGUUUGCUAACCGUCUGUGCCGACACCUGGCCAUCACUCCUGCACGCUUGCAUCCUCAUGAAGUUUACCUCGACGCCAAGGACACCGCCGACCCCCAGGUCGCAUGCUUACUAGGCGUUCCAGUGGAGAGUUUGCGUCUGCGGUUUGCUUUGCUGCAGUCGCUCAACAGCACGCUGGAGAGCUUCUUCCUGCCGUUAGUCGAGCUGAGGCUGACGCAAACCUAUCAAAACAGCAUUGCGACGCUUCUGUGCGAGGCCAAAGGUCUGAUUUUUUACGACACCAAAGUGAGUUUUAUGAACCGGGUGCUGAACGCAAGCGUCCAGCGCACAGCGGAUCACGCCGCUCCUGAGAUCACGCUCGACCCGCUGGAGAUAGUGGGAGGAGAGAUGCGUGCAGCAGAGAACACGUACUUCUGCCAGGCGGCGCGUCAGCUGUCCUGCGUCCCGUCGUCUCAGCUGUGUGUUCGGAUCGCCAGCGGAGGAGACCCCACCUACGCCUUCAACAUCCGCUUCACCGGGGAGGAGGUCCACGGCACCAGCGGCUCAUUCAGGCAUUUCUUGUGGCAAGUCUGUAAGGAGCUGCAGAGUUCGGCGCUCUCUCUUCUCCUUGUGUGUGCGUGUUUUUUAAAAGGAUGCUGGUGUACUUCUUUUGUUCUCGUAUCGUCACAGUUGGCCGAUGAGGCGGAGCUGGAAGCAUUGUGUGCUGAAGUCUCGUCGCAGAGCCAAUUGAGUGAGAGCCCGGAUUCACCGAGCCGUCCCUGCUGCACAUUCACUUACAUCACCAUGACCGGAGAGGAAGUAGAGCUGUGCCACGGAGGAAGUGACAUCGCUGUCAGCUGGGAGAAUAGAGAUGUGUAUGUGCGAGCGGUGCGAGAUCUGCGCCGGCGGGAGCUGCAGAAUGUGGAGUGUAUGUCGGCCGUCCGCGCCGGCCUGGGCUCCAUCAUACCCCUGCAGCUCCUGACCUUACUGAGCCCCGCUGAGAUGGAGCUGCGCACCUGCGGCCUGCCGGACAUCGACCUGGAGUUCCUCAAGGCUCACACUAUGUAUCAGGUGGGACUGAUGGAGACGGACCAGCACAUUGAGUUCUUCUGGGCUGCGCUCGAGAUGUUCACGCAGGAGGAGCUCAGCAAGUUCAUCAAGUUCGCUUGCAACCAGGAGCGAAUCCCCUUCACCUGCCCCUGUAAAGACGGCGGCCCCGACACUGCUCACGUGCCCCCCUACCCCAUGAAGAUCGCCCCGCCUGAUGGGGCGGUGGGUUCCCCAGAUCUGCGUUACAUUCGCGUGGAGACCUGCAUGUUCAUGGUCAAGCUGCCGCAGUACUCUUCCCUCGACGUGAUGCUGGAGAAGCUGCGCUAUGCUAUCCACUAUCGCGAGGAUCCUCUCAGCGGUUAAACCUGAUUCCUCAGAUCCCCGUCGACCACACGACCUUAAGUGAUUACUUCAGUUCUCGCUUCUUCUUCAAGAAUAGUCAUGAAGGAACUUGAUCAGCCCAGACCAGCUUGCCUUUACGGAGACUAGCGUUAGCGUGCGUUUGACGGCGAGUUUGACAGCAGCUCGCGGUGGUGAAGAGUACGCCACAAUUUUAUAAAAUGACCUACAUGUGCUGUUCUUCAACAAAUGUGAAGGAAAUGGCACUGUAACUGCUUUUCUCCCUUUUUAAACAUUUAAUCUCUCUCUAUCGCUCUCCCUCUUAUUUAAUCAGUCUUUCAUCAUUGCAUUCCCAGUGUGCCUCAGCACCUUCUCUCCAUUAGUGACAGUGAUUGUUGACGCACAUUCAGCUACAGAGAUGCCGAAUUUAGCUUUGCACAGGACUUAAACGUUCCGCUCAAAGUUAUACUUGCAUCUUUCAGUAUACAUUUGGGGUGAAUCUCACGAAACCGGUCAAGAACAUGUCCAAAAAAUAAACCCUUUUUGUACCAUUUUUUGUACCUUUUUUUUUUUUUGCAUAUUUCCCC